GAAGCUGCCGCUGGGAACGCGUAGUAAGACCCUCGCUCUCGCCCUCUCUCUCUUUCUCACUCUCCCUCGCUGCCUCCCUUCCUCCCCUUCAGUUCUGGUUUGAGGAGAUCUCUCUUGGAGCUGGAGAGGAGAGUUCGUUCGUCUCUCUCCUCCAGCAGCCGCCGGGCUUCUCUGCAGCCUCUCACCGCUUCACCAUGGAUCUGGGAACUGAAAGAGUUGCUGGGAUUAUCGCUCAGGUCGCCCUGCUUCUCUCCUGCGCAUACGGGACGACCGGAGAAGAGGCGUGUGACAGCGCACUGGUCUCCAAUCUGCCGCCAUCUUCCUUCCGAAGCUCUUCCCAGCUGUCCAGCAGCCACGCCCCGGGUUUCGCCAAACUCAACAAAAGAGAAGGAGCUGGAGGCUGGUCUCCUCUCAUCUCAGACAAGUAUCAGUGGUUGGAGGUCGACUUAGGCGAGCGCACCAAGAUCACAGCUGUUGCCACACAGGGCCGUUAUGGCAGCUCGGAUUGGCUGACGUCCUACCUGCUGAUGUUCAGUGACACGGGACACAACUGGAAGCAGUACAGACAGGAGGACAGCAUAGGGUCAUUUCCAGGUAACAGCAAUGCAGACAGUGUGGUUCAAUACAAGCUGCAACAACCAGCGAUUGCACGUUUUCUCCGCCUCAUUCCUCUGGACUGGAAUCCCAGCGGACGGAUCGGACUGCGACUGGAAACCUACGGAUGUCCUUACACCUCUGAUGUGGUGAGUCUAAAUGGUGGCAGCAGCAGCCUGGUGUACAGGCUGAGUCCCGGGCCGUGGCGGACAUCCAAAGAGGUUGUCUCUCUGAAGUUUAAAACCCUGAGGAAUUCUGGGAUACUGCUGCAUGCAGAGGGGCAGCAAGGAGUCAGCCUCAGCCUGGAGUUAGAGAGAGGAAAGCUACAGCUGCUGCUCAGACAAGGUAAGACUUCCCCUGAACCACUGCGUCUCACCUCCCUUGGCAGCCUGUUGGAUGAUCAGCAUUGGCACCAUGUAGUACUGGAGCAAAAAAGUGCUCACCUCAACCUCACUGUGGACAAAAACACGGAGAGAGUGCAGCUCCCGGCAGAGUUCAGCCGCUGGGCCAUCGAACAGUUGAGUUUGGGAGCUGUCCAUAGCCUUCAAUCGCAGAAGCCAGACGCCUCCAGUAAGGACCUCCAUGGCUGCAUAGAAAACCUGCUGUACAAUGGCUUCAACUUGAUAGAGCUGGCUAAGAAUAGUGACCACCAAGUUACUGUCAGGGGCAAUGUGACCUUUUCUUGUGCUGAGCCAGUUUCCGUUGCUUUGACGUUCCCCGGGCCACGGAGCUUCCUCCAGUUGCCCGGGACUGCAGCGUCCUCGCCGGGUGGCGUGUCUGUCGGAUUCCAGUUCAGGACGUGGAACAAGGGAGGGCUUCUGUUCACCUUUAGCCUUCCUCAACAAGAGGGCAUGGUCUGGUUAUAUCUGAGUGAUGCCAGACUCCGACUGAUGAUCCAUAAAAGUGGCUCAGUGGUGCUGGAGCUCAGUGCAGGUGCUGCUCUAAAUGAUGGUCAGUGGCAUUCAGUGGAUUUUACAGCCAGACGCGGUCGCUUGACAAUCUCUGUGGAUAAAGGAGAAGGGGGCAUUGCUCAUGCUGCUCCCUCAUUUCCCAUCACCACAGAAAGUCAACUGUUCUUUGGCGCUGUGUACGAACAGUCCUGCGAGGCAUACAAACACAACGGCAACACGUCAGGACAUUUUUACAUUGACGUGGAUGGCAGCGGACCGAUCAAACCACAGCUGGUCUACUGCAACAUGACAGCUGUGUACGAACAGUCCUGCGAGGCAUACAAACACAACGGCAACACGUCAGGACAUUUUUACAUUGACGUGGAUGGCAGCGGACCGAUCAAACCACAGCUGGUCUACUGCAACAUGACAGAGGAAAACACAUGGAUGGUGCUCCUGCACAACAACACUGAGCUGACCCGAGUGCGACCGUCUCCGGCUGUGUCCCAGCAUUCGGUUCACUUCGACUACUCAUCUCAAGAGGAGCAGCUGCUGGCUGCCAUCAGCCAGUCAGAGCACUGUGAACAGGAACUGUCCUACCACUGCAGGAAGUCCCGCCUCCUCAACACUUUGGAGGGCUCUCCAUUUAGCUGGUGGCUCGGCGGUCCAGGUCAAGGUCGAGUCCAGACUUACUGGGGAGGAGCUCAUCCAGGAAGCCAGCAGUGUGCCUGCGGCCUGCAGGGCGACUGCGUGGAUCUACAACACUACUGCAACUGUGAUGCAGAUCGCCUGGAGUGGACUGAAGAUUCAGGCCUUCUGACCCAUAAGGACACCCUCCCGGUUAGGUCUUUGGUGCUGGGUGACAUCCAGAGGCCAGGGUCGGAGGCUGCCUACCGGGUGGGACCACUCCGUUGCCAUGGAGACAAGAACUUCUGGAAUGCCGCAUUUUUCGACAAGGAGACGUCGUACCUGCACUUCCCCACCUUCCAUGGAGAGCUGAGCGCCGACAUCUCCUUCCUUUUUAAAACCACGGGCUCCUCUGGUGUGUUCCUGGAAAACCUGGGCAUCAAAGACUUCAUUCGCAUCGAACUGAGCUCCUCCACUCAGGUGGUUUUCUCCUUUGAUGUUGGUAACGGCCCGCUGGAAGUUCGUGUCGAGUCAAGCGUCCCGCUGAAUGACAACCGGUGGCAUCGAGUCCGAGCUGAGCGGAACGUCAAGGAAGCGUCGCUUCGACUGGAUGAACUUCCUGUCGCCACGCAGGAGGCGCCAGCUGACGGACACUUCCACCUGCAGCUCAACAGCCAGCUGUUCAUAGGAGGCACAGCAUCCAGGCAGAAAGGCUUCCGGGGCUGUAUCCGCUCUCUGCAGCUGAACGGCGUCACUCUGGACCUGGAGGAGAGGGCAAAGAUAACACCAGGGGUUCAACCCGGCUGCCCGGGUCACUGCAGCAGCUACGGCUCGCUCUGCCAGAACCACGGCCGCUGUGUGGAGAGAGCCAAUGGCUUCCAGUGUGACUGCAGCCUGUCAGCGUAUGCUGGAGUUUUCUGCCAAGCAGAGGUGUCAGCCAGCUUCAAGCCUGGAACAUCAGUCAGCUACACCUUCAAGGAGCCCUAUGAGCUGAGCAGGAACAGCAGCGCUCUGCCGUCCUCCAUCUACUCUGAGAUGACGCUGAGAGCAGAGAACAUCUCUUUGAGCUUCAGGACGAACCAGAGUCCAGCUCUGCUGCUCUACGUCAGCUCCUACUACAGAGAAUACCUGGCUGUGCUCAUCAACAAGCAUGAUAAGCUGGAGGUGAGAUACAAGCUGGACAGCAGCAGAGAUGCUGAAGUGUUAAGGAGCAGCGUGAGGAACGUGGCCAAUGGACAGCUUCACACCGUUACCAUCAGGAGGCUGACAGACUCUGUGUCUGUGCAGAUUGAUGAAAAUGCCAGAGAAGACUUCAAUCUGACAUCUGAUGGGGAAUUCAACGCUGUGAAGUCGCUGGUGUUGGGCAGAGUGCACGGUAAGUGA